UAUAGUCUAGUGGCUAGUCUACAAUUUGGCAUUUACCUCUGCGGUGUAGUGCUGUUGUAGUGUUGUAGUUUAACGUUUAUUCUGUGACAAACCGUAAGUCGUGAGGCUAUUUUUACGUUUGUAAACUGCAAAAUGGAUGAUGAGUGUGAAUCAUACAAACUAUGGCGUAUUAGAAAAACCGUUAUGCAGCUUUGCCAUGACAGAGGUUAUUUAGUCACACAGGAUGAAUUGGAUCAAACCUUAGAACAGUUUAAAGAACAAUUUGGCGAUAAACCAAGUGAAAAAAGACCUGGGCGUAGUGAUUUAAUAGUGCUUGUGGCACAUAAUGAUGAUCCUACAGAUCAAAUGUUUGUUUUCUUUCCUGAAGAACCAAAAAUUGGUAUAAAAACUAUAAAAACUUACUGCCAGAGAAUGCAAGAAGAAACCAUUACUCGAGCCAUUAUUGUUGUUCAACAAGGAAUGACUCCAAGUGCAAAACAAUCUUUAGUCGAUAUGGCUCCUAAAUACAUAUUGGAACAGUUUUUGGAAUCUGAACUUCUAAUUAAUAUAACUGAACAUGAACUAGUACCUGAACACAUUGUUUUGACACCAGAUGAGAAACAAGAACUUUUAUGCAGAUACAAAUUAAAGGAAAACCAGCUUAUGAGAAUUCAAGUUGGUGAUCCAGUUUCUCGUUACUUUGGCUUAAAAAGAGGACAAGUAAGAUCUAAUAUAAUUUAUAAUAACAGGCAAUGCUAAUCAUUCAAUUUAUUA